GAUUCAGAUAGAAUUUGUUUUAUUAUAUCGUUAAAUCGCUGUGUGAUUUUGAAGUUGGAGGUUACGUCACUAGCGGGACUUUUCAACGCUGCUACGUUGUAUGUGGAGAAGAUUGUGGGAGCAGUAGUUCAUAUAUGCGAGGCUGUAUGUUUACCGCUAUGAAAGCAAAUGGUCACAGAGAAGAUGGCAGGGCAGGGACCGAAGCCAAGGACUGCUAAAAAGCAAAAAAAAAUACCCAAAAGACGCAAACGCUUGGAAAAGAGGGAGGUUCAAGAUGCUUCAAAUCUGUAGCGUGGCUCAUUAAGGGGCCCUGAAGACCUGCUGGAUUACAGAUGAUCUGUCCUUUCCCAAACUGUACCUGUGACACAUCGUAUUCUCAGGUGAUCCUGCCCCUGAUAAAGUCCUGAAAUCACCUAAACGUAUGCCAAGAGAAAGAAAACGUGGAAUAAGUAAAGCCUUUCCAGAUGAAGGUGCUACAACAGCCAAUUCAGAAAACUACACAAGCCAGAACCCCAAGAGAAGAAAGAGAGAGAAACAGAAAGCUGAAAUGCCAAGUGCAAACGAGGAGAAGGAAGGCACAUUUGAAAGUUCCAAGAAAAGGAAGAAUUCGAAAAAAUUUGUGGGGGCACAUGUUUCCAUACAGGGAGGGAUAUGGAACGCUGUGCUAGUUGCCAGGCAGAUUGGGGCUAGUGCCAUAGGUAUGUUUUUGGGGUCACAGAGGACCUGGAAAAGCAAAACUCUCGAUGACAAGGCAGCUGAGCGGUUUCAAAGAACCUGCAAAGAGCUAGGAUUCCAGUCUCACUAUAUCUUGCCACAUAGUCCCUAUUUGAUGAAUUUGGGAUCCCCUAAAUCAGAUGUGCUUCAGAAGAGUCGUGCUAUGCUUGUGGAUGAGUUGCACAAGUGCCACCAGCUGGGUCUUACAAUGUACAAUAUCCACCCUGGGUCCCGUGUUGGUGCUAUAUCUGUCAACAGGUGUCUGGAGCUCAUUGCUGAUGGAAUCAACCUUGCCCACUCUCAGAUUCCAGGGGUCACUGUGGUACUGGAGAAUAUGAGCUGUCAGGGUAGUACAGUUGGUGGACUGUUUGAGGAGCUGCGUGGAAUUAUAGACCUUGUUGUAGAUAAAUCUCGCAUUGGAGUAUGCCUUGAUACAUGUCAUGCUUUUGCUGCAGGUCAUGAUCUCUCAAAGAAGGCUGGACUUGAGAACAUGCUGGAUAAAUUUAGUACGGUUGUUGGUCUUUCCUUCCUAAAGGCCAUACACCUAAAUGAUUCCCAAGGAGAAGUUGGCUGCAAGCUGGAUCGCCAUGAAAAAAUUGGGCAUGGUCACAUUGGGUUAGAAGGUUUCAGACACGUGAUGAAUGAGCCACGAUUUAAUGGCAUUCCCAUGAUACUUGAGACUCCCCUCAGCUCAGAUGACCAUGCUAAGGAGAUCGACCUGCUGUAUUCUCUGUGUGCAAAAGGUCGAGGAGCAGCAAAGACCAAGAGAAAGCGCUGAUCCCACCCAUCUCUUACUGCUUCUCAGCAGGUGUUAUGACAACUGAUCUUUCAACCCAAAGAUGUAAGAAUAGUCAUUUGGUAAAAGUUGGGCAGUCCUGUUGGCUCAGAAUAUAUCCAGUUAGUAUUGUCAGUUAUGUAAUGAUGUUAGUACCUGUUAUAGAGACUGUAGAAUUGGGAGAGGGUCCUAAAAGUGUUCCUAGUUGUUGAUGAGGAACAACGAAGCUUAAAGCAGAAAUAGAGCUCGGAAAGGGUGGGCUCAUACAUAGGUGUAACCUGCCUCAUGUUGCCUCAGUAUGUAGCCCAAUUUAAAUGUCUACAUUCAAUCACUGGACAUGGCGAGAGCAUAACGGGUGGGUUGCAUUAAGCCUGUUAUUUUUGGAGUAUCGCUUACAUUCGGUCACAUCUUAUUGUUGCUAAGUAAGGGUUUAGGGUGGAGUUGUGUCAUUUCCAUACAAAGCGCUAGACGCAGGUCAGUGAUGCUGAACUAUACUCUGUGGAGGCCGUGUAGAACCAGGGAAUUCCCCCUUGCGUCCUGCACGGUGUCCAGUCUGUAUUCCCAGCUCUUUCAGCAAUGCUCAUACAGUUAUGCACAGUUAAUGCUAAGUUCCAUAUACCAUCUUUUACUUAAAGCUGAAUUGUGUAAAUACUGUAUAUUUCAGCAUUCAGAGAUGUUUGAUCAUUAAGCUGUAAGAAUUAAAGAUUUGAUAUGGAA